CCCGCCCCCCAACCCCCCCUCUCUCUCUCUCUCUCUCUCUCUCUCCUUCUCUUUCCAACGAAGGAAUGGAGGGAGAAAAUGCGGCCGUCCAAGUGGCAAUGGAUAGGACCCCCUUCCUCCAUUCAUCCACCAACCCCACCACGACCACCUCGUUCCUGAGCCGUCGGAUCCUCCGAGAAUCGCCGAUGCUAAUCCGUGGGACCGCCGCCCUCCAGCUGGAGGAGCAGCAGGCGGAGUGGGGCUACUCGAAGCCCGUUGUCUUCCUCGACAUCGUGUGGAAUGUGGCAUUCGUGCUUGUGUCGUCCGUCGUUGUGGGGUCCACCUUCAAGGAGCGGCCGGCGAUGCCGCUGCGGAUGUGGCUCGGCGGGUAUACUCUCCAGUGCGUCUUGCAUGUGGGUUUUGUUUUUUCCGAGUAUCGGAGGAGGAUGUGGGCCAGGCAGCUGGGAGAGGACGGAACCGAGGGACGGAGCAGUGUCGUGAGAAGAUUUGAGUCUAUCAAUACGAUGGUCUCAUUCCUCUGGUGGAUAGUUGGAUUCUAUUGGAUCAUCACUGGUGGCCAAGCACUUUUGCAAGAUGCUCCUCGUCUCUACUGGUUGACGGUGGUGUUUCUAGCAUUCGAUGUGUUCUUUGCGAUAUUUUGUGUCACGCUUGCUUGUAUCAUUGGAAUUGCUCUGUGUUGUUGUUUGCCUUGCAUCAUUGGGAUCUUAUAUGCCAUGGCGGGCCAGGAAGGUGCAUCGGAUGCUGAAAUCAGCAUCCUUCCCAGGUUCAGGUUCCGUCCUGUGGUUGAUCAACGGGAGAAAUUUGGUCUGGAACAGCAGCAAGCAGUUGUGGUGACAAUAAUGGAGUCAAGCACCCGAGAGGGCCUAGGCGAACUUUCUGUUUCACCGGAGGAUUCGGAAUGCUGCAUAUGCCUAUCACAAUACGAAGAAGGCGCGGAGCUGCGUUCGCUUCCUUGCAAUCAUCAUUUCCACUCCGACUGCAUCGUCAAAUGGCUCCGCAUCAAUGCAACAUGCCCACUUUGCAAAUACAACAUCAUCCGGGGCAAUGAGCUGGUGUGAACCCGACGGCCAUCCCUUCCGCAGAGACAGAGAAAGAGAGAGAGCUGUAGUAGUUAUGUGAGAGAGAGUGAGAGAGAGGAGUUAUGUAUAUAUUCAUGGGGGCCUUAGUAGCUCUUGGGUACUCUCUUAAUAAGAAUAAAAACAUCCCAAAAUCAUCUUUCAA